AUGGCUCGUACAAAACGUGCGGCGGUGCAGCGUGAGCCGUCCUCGGAAUACAUCAGCAAAGCCGACCGGUCCGCGCAACGUGACGAUGAUCUCGCGGCUCCGGGAGCCCAGGAUGCGGCUCUGCCGGCCAAGACUGAUGCACCUCUGCCACCAAUCGUGCCCAAGGAUGUUGGUCUUACGCAGCUAGUGAUCUCAGUCGCAGGCAUCUACGGAUCCUUCCUUACCUGGGCCUACCUACAGGAGAAGCUUACGACGACCAACUACGGCCCUCCCGGCUCGCCGCCCGAGGUGUUCAAGUUCCCCGUGUUCCUCAACACCAUUCAGUCCAUCUUCGCCGCCGCGACAGGUUUCGUGUACCUGGUGACCAGCACACCUAGGGGCCGUCCCAUACCACCAAUCAUCCCGUCCCGGGCCAUCCUCGGUCCGCUUCUCCUCGUGGCGCUGACCUCGGCCCUGGCGAGCCCCUUUGGCUACGCCAGCCUGGCGCACAUCGACUACAUCACCUUCCUGCUUGCCAAGAGCUGCAAGCUACUUCCCGUCAUGUUCCUGCACAUCACGAUCUUCCGCAAGCGCUACCCGAUGUACAAGUACCUGGUCGUUGCUGCCGUCACUGCCGGCGUGGCCGUCUUCACGUUGCACAGCGGCUCAAACAAGAAGAAGUCGGCGGGCAGACCGUCAUCGGGCCAGACGUCGUGGGGUCUGCUGCUGCUCAGCAUCAACCUGCUCUUUGACGGCCUGACCAACUCGACCCAGGACUACAUCUUUACCGCCUUUAAGCCCUACACGGGUCCGCAGAUGAUGUGCGCAAACAACAUGAUGAGCUCCGUCGUGACGGGUCUGUACCUUAUCCUCAGCCCUUACCUCGUCCAAACCGGUCUGGGAAGCUGGCUGGGCAUGGACGUUGUCGCGGGCAGCGGCGCCGGGGAGCUGCAGAGCGCCCUCGCCUUUAUGCGCCGGUACCCGUCAGUCUGGAGGGACGUCCUUGGCUUUGCGGCGUGUGGCGCCGUUGGCCAGGUCUUUAUUUUCUACACGCUCGCGACAUUCUCCUCGGUCCUCUUGGUCACCGUUACUGUCACGCGCAAGAUGUUCACCAUGAUCUUGUCUGUCAUCGCCUUUGGCCACCGCUUGACACGGAUGCAGUGGCUGGGUGUCGGUCUUGUGUUUGGCGGCAUCGGGGUCGAGGCCGCCAUUGCAAGACAGGAGAAGAUGGCCAAGGAGGCUGCCAAGAAGAAGGCUGGCAGCGGUGACAAGAAGGAGCUGUAG